GGUGGCAAAGUCCCAAACUAUUGCCAUAAACGGACUCGGGAAAAUCUUACAACACACUGAGAAUGAAACAUUGACAAGGGCACCUCCCCCAACCCCCCAUCUCUCUCUCUCUCUCUCUCUCUCUCAUGCACACACAUAUGUAACCUACCCCCUCCUCCUCCCAAAACAUACAUUUUCCCCUCCCUCUCUUCAUCCCUGCCUCCCUCCCUCCCUCCCUUCCCUCCCUCUCCAAAUUCUGGGAACACGCUGCAGGCUCUAAACUCAGAGGCAGAACUCCAGGACCAGGGAAGGAGGAAUAAGGUGUGAGAGAGAGAGAGAGAGAAAGAGAGAGAGACAGAAACAGAGACCUAAACCUACGAGAAAAGUUCAGAGGAAUUUGAGGUCGAGGAAUCAGAAGGGAUCAGACCAUCACAGACGGACACAACGGUCGAAAGUGAACGAACACAGAGAAGAGAAAGAGAGUGGGAGACAGAGAGAGAGAGAGAGAGAGAGAAAGGAGGUUCAGACGAGAGCUGACUGGACUUGUGCUAUGGGGUCUGCCGUGCUUCUUGUUGUCCUCCUCUCUGCUCUUCACGUCCUGUGGACCCCCGGGGUGCGGAGCCAGGGCCUGCCGGAGAGCAACGGCGUCUGCGGCGAGGACGGCUGCUUCGCGGUCUACUUCCAGCGCAAGACCUUCCUGGAGGCCUGGCGGAGCUGCAAGGAGAAAGGGGGCAACCUGGCCACCAUGAAGCGCGCGGCGGAGGCCGCCCAGGUGGAGGAGCUGCUGGCGGGCGCCGAGCGGCGGGUGUCCCGGGCGAAGGUGCGGGUGUGGAUCGGGCUCCAGAGGCAGCCGCGGCAGUGCUCGGCCACCAGUCCCCUGCGGGGGUUCUCCUGGACCACGGGCGACAAGGACACGCAGUACACCAACUGGCUGCGGGAGGACUCCCCCAGCACCUGCUCGGCGCCCCGCUGCGUGGUCACGACCCACAGCACCGCCGGCCACGAGCGGCAGGACAACUACAAGUGGCUGGACGGCUCCUGCUCGCUGCCCGUGGACGGCUUCCUGUGCCGCUUCGUCUACGAGAAGGGCAUGUGCCAGGCGCUCCCGAGGGAGGGCGGGGCCGGGCCCGUGUUCUACAGCACCCCCUUCAACCUGCUCAGCACCCGGCUGACCCACAUCCCCUUCGGCUCCGUGGCCACCGUGCCCUGCCUGGACGGCGACAAGGGCGACCAGUCGGUCCUGUGCCUGUCGAGAGAGGACGGGAGCGCGGGGUGGCACCAGGACGGCCCCUACUGCUCCGACCCGCCGCCAAAGCGCUGGUGCCAGGACAGCAACGGCGGGUGUCAGCAUCUCUGCUUCGAAGCCGACGACCACUACUACUGCGAGUGCCGCGCGGAGUUUCGGCUGGCGGAGGACGGGCACGCCUGCGUGCCGUUAGACCCCUGCCAAAACGCCCGCUGCGAGCAUGAGUGCGUCCCCUCCUCGGAGGGGUACCGCUGCACGUGCCCGGACGGGUACCGGUUGGCGCCCGACGGGCUCAGGUGCCAGGACAGGGACGAGUGCCUGGACGACCCCUGCGAGCAGGCCUGCGAAAACAGCCCCGGGUCCUACGUGUGCCACUGCCACCUGGGCUUCUUCCCCUUGCCCGAGGACCCCGCCCGCUGCCAGGACGUCGACGAGUGCCAGAUCCCGGGCUCCUGCGAACACAUGUGCGUCAACUACGUCGGCGGCUUCCAGUGUCACUGUCGGGAGGGCUACGAGCUGCAGCUGGACUACUCCUCCUGCAGGCCCGUUCCCAACGCCGACGAGUCUCCGACCGCCACCCCCUCCUUCCCAUGGCUUAGCAGCCUUCCGGAAAAUUCCUGGUUUCCACAGACUCCCGACUUCCCUGACCAGGGGGACUGGCCAACGGAGGCCAUACCUCAGGACUGGCUGACUGAUCAGCCCCGUCUGGAGGGGCAACCCACCGACCUUACGCGGCCCACAGACGUGCCUGUGGAAGAGCACAGGGGGCAGUUCAAAGAGGAUGAGCAGGAGGAACAGGAUAGACAGGACGAGCAGUAUGGACAGGAGGAGCAGGAUAGGCAGGAUGAACAUCACAGACAGGAGGAACAGGACAGACAGGAUGAACAUCACAGACAGGAGGAACAGUACAGACAGGAGGAACAGGACAGACAGGAUGAACAUCACAGACAGGAGGAACAGGACAGACAGGAGGAACAGGAUAGACAGGAUGAACAUCACAGACAGGAGGAACAGUACAGACAGGAGGAACAGGACAGACAGACGGAACAGUAUGGACAGGAGGAAGAGGACAGUCAGGAGGAACAGCAAGGGCACACCUUGCCGGAGGAGGUACUAUAUGAACAUGAAAAGCCUGAUUGGUCAACUGAUGAGAUUGUGCAAAGCUGGACCCAUCCGGACUGGGUGGAUCAGGAUCAGCAGGCCCACGUGACUACACCAAGUGCUACCUCUUUUCCUGACUGGUUAGAGGAUGAGACCACGCCCAGACCUACGGCUCCUCCCACUCCUCCACCUGAGGAUUAUUUGUGGUCCUUAACGGGGUACACCUCCCCCCCUUGGGCUCCAGAGGAGAGCAUCGAGCGUCAGGAGACCCCAGAACCUCAGUCCGAGGAAGGUUCCCACUCACAGUUCGAAAACGGGGAAGCCGCACCCACGUGGUACCCUACCUCCGGUCCCCAGGUGGAGGGCGGGGUCAUCUUCGACAACGGAUUAGGAGACGGGGACGAGGAGGCCCCGGGCCCCUUCACCCCGGAGCCUGGCGCUGACGACCCCCCCCACAACGACGGCAGCAAACAGCAGAGCAACAUGUGGCUGCUGAUUGCCCUCCUGGUGCCGUUCUGCAUCUUUCUGGUGGUGAUGGUGGUGCUGGGGAUUGUCUACUGUACCCGCUGUACCGCCCGGGCACGCAACAAGGACAAUAAAGACUGCUACCACUGGAUCUCUGGUGCCAAUGACAAGCCAGGGGCCCCCGGUGCUGCCGCCAAGGUGUAGAUGACCCAGUCCUGGGCCGGUGGUGGAGACUGCGCAUAAAACUAUAUUUUUAAACGGGGUGUGGAUGAUGGGGAUGAUGGGGGGAGGGGAGGAAGGAGUCCUGGACAGGUCGUCUGCCACUUCAACAUGCAUUGGAAUGUAUUGCAGGAGGAGAGUGAUUCCUAGGGAAACCACUGAUACUUUUGGUCUGCGGGCGAUCUGUCGUCAGUUGAUACCGCGCUAUUUGGCUCAAAGCCAAGUCGAUUGCUCUGUACACUUAUGAACCCGUGCUCGAUUAAGUGUAUUGUAAAGGUACUUUUAUAGAUUCUCUAUGUACAGCACAUUUAAAUAAGGUCAUUCUCAGAGAAUAAAAAAAUGUCAUAAAACUGCCAGUGGCAACGUUGGUACCAAUCAUUUGAGGACUUCUAGUAUAUUGCUUUUACCCAUUUGAGUUUUACUUAAAUUCCAAAUAUUUUUCUGUUGGUUUGAAGCCUUGUGGCUGUUGCCUUUAUUUCUAUAUAUUUCACAGAGAUUAUUUGUAAUGGAGUUUUGUACAUCUUUCUGAUUGAUGCACUUGUAUUGGAAAAAUGUCCAUGUAUAAUGCAUAACUUCCUACAUGUAUAUAUGUAUGAGUGUGGGAGUGUGAGUUUUGUGAGCGCGUGCAAGAAUGUGUAUAGAAAUCUUCACUGAGCCGUGUGUUCUGUGAUGUGCAGAAUGAGUGCCUUCAAUGCAUGAUUUUUGAAGUGUCACCUGAUAUGGUUGAUGAUUAGACUGUAUGGCAGCGAAAAAGAAUAUUUCCCGCAUAGUUAUCAUUGUGUUUGUAAGGAGAGGAGGACCUAAAUCAGCCAAAGCGGAACUUUCAUGGUACUGCAGGGACUUAACUUUUUGGGGGUCAACAAUGAUUCUCAAAGUUAUGUGGAAACUUUCAAAACAUCCCUCCAUUCCCAUGUCCUCCCUGUCGGAGAACGCUAGCCCUUCUGGUGUGCAGUAGCAGCACCCCCUACAAACACUGAAGCGCAACUGCAAACUGGGCAAGAAAGAUCUCCAAACAGUGGAUGAUGUUUGUCAUCGCGAUGAUUUUAGGGAAUGUCUUACCUGAAUUUCACCUGAGCAGGAUCGCUCUCUGAAAUUGUCUCUAAAAAUGGCUUGUUCUCUUAUAAGUUUUAAAUAAUUUGAGAAAAUGUGAACACAAACAAAAGCACAUCUGGUUGUAGUUUGACUGGCCUUAUCUGCAGUUAGUGUUUCUGGAAAGCAAAUCCAAAAUAUUUAUAACAUUGUCACUGAAAGUGUAGUUUAACUUUUGAGACCUUUAAUUAUAAAUGGGUAUUUUGCCAUAACAGUGGCCGAAUAAUAUUUCUUUUUCUUCAUCAUUUUUUUCUAUCUGUUGACACUUAAUGCAGAAUGAAGGACGCUUCAGAGCAUCAAUGAGAAGACCCUAAUCUGGAAAAAAAAAAAAAAAAACGCUCUAAAAUUAGAAGAGGGGUUCAGAAAUCGAAGUCAGGGGUUCAGCUGCAACCAUGUUGUUCUUACAUUAGUGAUCGCAGAUGUAGAUAUUUUUAAUGACAGUGUGGAUAUCUUACAGCUGGUAUUUUUUUCAUCAGGCUUUACGCUGCAGAAUGUGUAGGGACACUUCGAAGUACCCAAGUGUGAUUACUGAUCGGUUUGACCCACUCAUUCCUUAGUGUUCGUACUGUAGUGAACUGAAUUCUCUGACAUUUUAUGCAAUGCUUAAAUUAUGCGAGCCAGUAGUGAGGAAUACCACUGCAAAUCCAAAGGUGAAACUCUCUUUUUCACUGUUUUGUUUUCCCUCUUUUUUUUUUUGGAGGGGGUGGGAGGUAUCAAUAUUGAAUUGACAUAUUAAGUAUCUUUAUUGUGUAUUGGGGAUUUAAGUUUGUCCAUCAACAAUAUAUAAAAAAUACAAUUGAAAUGUAUUAAAUUGCUGUUUGAGAGAAUACGGUUUAAUUUAAUCCUAUAAUAAUCCUGCAAUAAAUACCGCUCACAUGUAAGAAA